AUGGUUGGCAUUUCGCGCACUGUGGCUGCAGCCACCACCCUUCUUGCUGGCGCGGUAUCAGCAAAGUCUAUCUCGCUGACUUUUGACGAGCUCAACAUCUCCAAUGAGCAAUCGUGCGGCAAAGUCGAGCUGAGCAACACAGUCGGCUACCACGGCGUCUUCCCAUCGAGCGCCUUCUUCGCCAACGUCGAAGUCUACAACACCACAGCGACGCCCGCAUGCCACCGCAACGCCCAUGACGAAGUGGGCGUCUUUGACCAGAAGCGCGCCACAUCCGGCUCCAACGUCGCCUAUGGGCGCAUUGGCUCCGUGGAUUUCCAAGUCUCUGAUGCUAACGCGUUCUUGACUGGUGACGCAUCGCUUGACGUCAGCGUCGUCUUUACCAAGGCCGAGCUCGCCAACAAGGACAACCUGGUCACCUUUGACACGCUGAUUUCCGACUUUGGCGCCCUCGACGUGCGCAAGACCUUCAGUUUCCACACGGCCAAGGAUGGCUUUGGACCCUACCACAUCCACGCGCCCAACACGGCCAAGUACGAGUUCUUUGAGGUCGAGGCGGGCGUUGGCGUUGCGGGCGAGUCGUCAUUCCGACACCCGACUAUCUUUGUGGAUAAUGUCCAACUGGAGACGGUUGCCAAUUAA